AUGGCGUUUGCGAUCGAUGAGAUAAAUAACUCUACCUCCCUAUUGCCGGACAUACAUCUGGGUUAUGAAAUCCACGAUGACUGUUUCGAGACACUGGCUUCCAUCCUGCCAACUCUUGUAUUUUUAUCCAGUGACAGAAGGAGUGAGAUUGAUGUGCUCUGCAAUUACACAGAGUACAGGAGCAGUACAAUAGCUCUGGUGGGACCAUGGACAUCGGAUCAGGCAAUGAUCACAGCCAAAUUGUUCAGCUUAUUUUUAUUUCCACAAGUUAGUUAUGGGGCUUCCAGUGCCCAAUUAAAUAAUAAGAAGAUCUUUCCAUCGUUCCUGAGAGUGAUGCCUAGUGACAAUAACCAAGCCAUAGCCAUUGUCUCUAUUGUCAGGAAGUUCAAGUGGAAUUGGAUUGCUGGAAUUGGGAGUGAUGAUGAAUAUGGCCGACAGGGGAUAAGCCUAGUUCAGAGCUACGCAGCACUUGAAGGCAUCUGUGUAGGCUUCAUUGAGAAGAUCCCCACCUACCCCAAUCUGCCCAGCACCAGCCAGAAAAUCUCAGAAAUUGUGGACCAUAUCCGAAAAAUCAAUGUAAAUGUCAUCAUUCUCUUCUCCAGUGAGGGACCAGCUCAGGAACUGCUCAAGCAGGCAGUGAAGAUGAACAUCACCAGGAAAGUCUGGAUUGCAAGUGAAGCCUGGGUUAAAUCGGAUGCUGUAAUCCACAUUCCAGGCAUUGAGCGCAUUGGCACAGUGAUUGGCACAGUCAUUAACAGCGGCAGCAUGCCAGGUUUCGAAGGUUACGUUUUAAACCAUCUCACCAAUGUCAUGGAUUGGAGAGAAAAGAGAUUUGGUGCAGAGUACCGUGGCAAUCAUACUGUUUCUUUUUGGCCAUAUCCCACUUCACGUAAGCUCCUCAGUUCUGUUCAGCACCUGUCUCCUGAUAACCUGUCCAUUGUGUUGGAUCAGCCAGUAAGACGGGACACGUUCAGUGUGUACACGGCCGUGUACAGUAUUGCACAUGCACUACAUACCCUGCUUGGGUGCCACACUGGAAGAUGCCAAACUACAACCAAAUGGUACAACUGGCAGCUGUUGGAAAAGUUAAUGCGAGUUAACGUCAGUAUCCAUGGCACUGCCGUUUCCUUCAACACUGAAGGAAAUACACAGAGAGGUUAUGACAUCAUUACCUGGACCCAGCACUCAGGACAGCUCCAGCUACCAGUGAUUGGCAGUUACAAAGAUCAUUUGACAAUCAAUGCUUCUCAAAUUCAGUGGAAAACAGACAAUAAUGAGAUUCCUCAGUCAUACUGUUCCAAGGGGUGUGGCCCAGGCCAGAAGAAAAUUGUCAUCAGCCUUUACUCCUGCUGUUUUGAAUGUGAAGACUGUCCAAGUGGAUCCUUCCAGAACUCAACUGGUGAGGCAAAAUAUUUAUCUUCUGACACGUUUGAACCACAUGGCUUUUCCUGCCAUCUUUGCCAACCUGAUGAGUGGUCACCACCAAAAAGCCCUAUCUGCUUUCAGAGAACUUUGCAAUACCUGUCCAUGUCCUCACCUCUUGGUGCGACUCAGCUUCUGUUCAUGGUACUUGAGCUCACAUUGAUAUUGGCAGUCACGAUGAUCUUUCUAAUGAAUUCUGGUGCUCCGAUCGUGGAAGGUACUGGAGGGAAAAUGAACAUAGUCAUGCUCAUCUCACUAGCUCUCUUAUGCUGCAGCUCGUUGCUGUUCCUUGGAGAACCCACCGAACUUAUCUGUAAAUCACGCCAGCCAGUAACUGCUCUCAGCCUCACCAUCUGCACUUCUAUCCUUCUGAUCAACUCAGUACACAUCUUGCUGACCACUGAGCUCGCCAGUUUAAGCAAGACUUUCCUCUGUAGAUACCAACACUGUGGAAGAUACAUCACCCUUUGUGUCAGUCUCGGAGGGCAAGGAGCCCUUUGUUACCUGUGGCUGAAUACGGAUGGUGACUUUCUGAUGAAGACCGUGGGUGAUUCUGAAGAUGCUCUUUUCAUCUUCUGUAAGAGUGAAUCAGAGCUAGUAUUCUGGGUGAUGUUGGGAUACACUGGCCUACAAGCACUGUCCUGCUUCAUGUGUACCUUUCUGAUCCAAACUCCAGCUCACACCUACAAUCUGGCUCGGGAGAUUAGUGCCUCCAUGACCCUCUUUAUCACUAUCUGGAUUUGCUUCAUCCCAACAUAUCCAGCUGUAAACCAGAACCAUGCACCUGCUGUGCAGACUUUUGCCAUGCUCCUCAGUUCUUUAGCAAUACUUGGUGCCUAUUUCAUACCCAAAUGCUUUGUCCUUUGGUUUAAGCCACAAUACAACACCACUGAUUACUUCCAGGUUUAUAAUCUAAAAAUGUAAACAAAGGAGUAUUAGCGAUACAAAAAUGCUCACAUUUGCUUUAGAAUAAUACUGAAGAAGGACCUUGACCCAAGAUGUCACCUAUCCAUGU